GGGGAACUUUAACACGCUGGAUCCCAAAGUCCGUCUCUCUCACCUGUGCAGUUCGGAGCUGCCAUGGAUUUCGCGGCCGGAUUUACUAUCCUAAUCACACUGCCGAUGUUUCUGCAGACGAACGGCCUCUAUAUCGCCAGUAGCAUAGAUUCCCUGCAGCAUGUCCUGGGGGACUAUGGACUGAUGAAGCCUGUUCUUACCGAUGCAGAAGGCCGCUUCCUGUCCCAUGCAGUAUCGGUUGGUCCAGCAGAUGGGCAGUUCCGUAGGCGCUGGAGAAGAGAGGUGGCAUUGGCCGACCACGCCCACAGUGAGUCCGAAGGAGGCACGCUUGACCGACUCUACUACAAUGUCACUGUCUUCGGCCAGGAGUUUCACCUGCGUCUGCGCCGCAACACACGACUGGUGGCACCCGGAGCCAGGAUGGAGUGGCAGGAUUCUGGCAGCAUGCGCUCCGAGUCUUUGAAGAGCGACUGCAUGUAUGUGGGUGACGUUAUGGAUGUGCAGGGAGCCUCGGUAGCUAUUAGUAACUGCGACGGCCUGGCAGGGAUGAUUCGAACUGAGCAGGAGGAGUUUUUCAUUGAGCCUAUGGAAAUGGGGUAUCAUGUGAUGGAGCAGGAGAAAGAGGCCGGAGGCCGCUCACAUAUCGUGUACCGUUCUGCCGCCGUGAAGAAGCCUCCUGUUAGCUCGCUAGCUGCAGACUUCCACUCCAGAGGUGCCAAUUUGGGCAGGCUGAUGGAUCUUGAGACCCUGUACCAGGGAGUCGAACGAAGCAUUAACCAGAGCCGACGAGCCCGCAGACAGUCCCCCGAACGAGCCUACAACAUUGAGGUUUUGCUGGGGGUGGACGACUCCGUGGUGCAGUUUCACGGGCAGCAACAUGUGGAGAAGUACCUCCUCACUCUUAUGAACAUUGUGAACGAGAUCUAUCAUGACCAAUCUCUCGGGGCACGAAUUAAUGUGGUGCUAGUUCGGAUUGUUUUGGUGGAUGCCAAAAAAUCCACAAGCCUCAUAGAGCUGGGCAACCCUUCUCAGAGCCUGGAGAAUGUGUGUCGCUGGGCUUUUGAACAGCAGAGGAAGGACACCAAUGAUAAAGAGUACCACGAUCACGCCAUCUUUCUCACUCGUCAAGAGUUUGGACCCACAGGGAUGCAAGGUUACGCUCCUGUCACAGGCAUGUGUCAUCCCGUGCGGAGCUGCACUCUCAACCAUGAGGAUGGUUUCUCAUCUGCAUUCGUGGUGGCGCAUGAAACCGGCCAUGUGUUGGGAAUGGAGCAUGAUGGGCAGGGGAAUCGUUGUGGAGAUGAGGUGCAGAUGGGGAGCAUCAUGGCUCCACUAGUGCAGGCUGCUUUCCACCGGUUUCACUGGUCCCGCUGUAGUCAACAGGAACUGGGCCGCUACCUACAUUCAUAUGAUUGUCUCCGUGAUGACCCGUUCGAGCACACAUGGGAGGAGCUUCCACAGCUGCCUGGGCUGCAUUACUCCAUGAAUGAACAGUGUCGCUUUGACUUCGGGGCCGGAUACAUGAUGUGCACAGCGCUGCAAAAGGUGGGGCCAUCGGGAGCCCAGUAUCGCACCUUUGACCCCUGUAAGCAGCUUUGGUGUGCUCACCCAGACAACCCCUUCUUCUGCAAGACCAAAAAAGGACCGCCCAUUGAUGGCACAACGUGUGGAGAUGGGAAGCACUGUUUUAAAGGGCACUGUGUGUGGCUGACUCCAGACAUCAUAAAGCAGGACGGAAGCUGGGGCAUGUGGAGUGAGUUUGGCACCUGCUCUCACCCCUGUGGAAGGGGCCUACAGUUUCGCACCCGAGCCUGUGACAAUCCACGUCCAGCUAAUGGUGGACGUUCUUGCUCCGGCCCAAACUAUCAGUUCGAGAUGUGUAAUACUCACGAGUGUGAGGACCCAUACCACGACUACAGAGCCAAACAGUGCAGCAUGAUGGACAACAAAUUUGAGUAUCAGAAUACAUGGCACCACUGGCUGCCUUACGAACAUCCUGACCCUAAACAUCGAUGCAAAUUGUACUGUCAAUCCAAAGAGAUGCGAGCUGCAGUCAAUAUGCAGACUCUGGUGGAACCUGGAACACGAUGUUCCUAUAAAGACCCCUACAGUGUCUGUGUCUACGGAGACUGUGAGAAAGUGGGCUGUGAUAAUGUGGUAGGAUCAGGUCUACAGGAAGAUAAGUGCGGCAUCUGUGGGGGAGACGGAACCAAGUGCAAGACUCACAAGUUUAAUUUCACCUUUGCAGAGAAAAAAGGUGUCAUUAAAGUGCUUGAGGUUCCCAGAGGGGCAAGGCAUCUCUUCAUCCAGGAACUCAAUGGGACUGCACACAUUUUAGCUGUCAGGAAUAAAGCAUUAGGUGACUUCUUUCUUAAUGCACACGGAGACUUUCCAGAGACGCGCUCUGUCAUAGAGAAAGGUCUGGAAUGGGAGUAUGAGAAUAAAAACAGCAAGGACACCAUUCAAACGAAUGGACCCCUGAAAAAUGAUGUGGUUGUCAUGAUCCGAAUGCAUGGGUCAGACAAGGUGAAGGUGUCGAUCAAAUACAUCACUGAUGAUGACAGACUGAGUGAUGGUGCCAAUGAGAAUAACAUGGUCCCUGAUAAUGCUGUGCCAUAUUCCUGGGUGGUGAAGAGAUGGACUCCCUGUUCCAAGACCUGUGGAGGAGGUAUUCAGAUGACACGUUACGGCUGCCGGAAGAAUGCUGAGUUGAGAAUGGUCCAUCGCAGAUUCUGUGAGAAAAUCAAGCAGCCUCCUCCACUGUUUCGAGAUUGUUACCUGAGAGAGUGUGCUCAGCCCAUCUGGGUGGCUGGGGAGUGGGGUGAAUGCAGUAAGUCUUGUGGGAAGAUGGGCUCUCAGACACGCUCAGUACGCUGCGUCCAACCUCUGGGAGAUGGCAAGUUCAAAUCCAUCCGCAGCCGUUACUGCAGCGAUGAGCGGCCGGAGUCCCGCAGAGACUGCAAUCGUAACUUGUGCCCUGCUGAGUGGAGACUGGGGCCCUGGUCACAGUGCUCAGUAUCAUGUGGUAAUGGAACACAGGAGAGGCAGGUGCUUUGUCACACCCAUGACAACACCAUUGGACUCUGUCUGGAUUCUAAACCAGCUGCAUUCAGACCCUGCAGAAUGGAUCCCUGCCCAAGACAGCGUUGUCAUGGUGACCGUUCUGCAUUCUGUCGUAUGGAGGUACUUCAGCUGUAUUGUCACCUGCCGGCCUUCCAGCGCAUGUGCUGUGAGUCCUGCAGGGCUGGGAAUUCUACGAAGAACACUGUGACCACAAGUAAGCCACUGUCAACAUCAAAAACAUCCACCAAAGGAAGCACCACCACAGCUUCUUCUCAUAAACACCAGUGGACCUCCACAAUCACCAUUGAGUCAUCUACACAAGGGAAAAAUGCCAUUUUAGUGGGCACAUCUUGGUUAUAUACAGCCUCGGCGACAACAACAGGUACUCCAGGAUACACAACAGCUCCCAUUCACCAGUACACUACGACUCCCGUCCAGGCACAUGCUACUCCAGGUUUUUUGACAGAACAGAGCACAUCUUUUGCCAUUCCUACAACAAGUCCCAAUGUCAUAUCUACAGCUGGAACUGACAUGACAAACAGCACCGAAUUUUCUUUUAGCACUAUUGUCCCCAUCAUUGUCAAUGAUGUGAACAACCUUACCGUCAUUCCCAGUACCACUGCCCGGUCCGAAGAGUUUAAUGCCAGCAGUAAUGCACCACAUGUGGAUAAUGGUACAGUUUUGCAGUCAACCACAACGAAUGGUACUAAUGGAAAAGAAUUAACCACCUCAGGCUGGUUUGAUGGCAACAUCACAACUACCACUGAAGAAUCAACUCCCAUGGCAUCAACUUCCAUAUUCACAACUUCCAGUACACUACAGUCAAACACAACAGCAUUUAGCAAAACUACAUCUUUGACUGCAACAUUACUGACAACAACAACAGAGAAGAUGAGCAGUCAACCGAAUAAAGUCGAAGAAACAAACGAGAGCAAUGCUAUUGACAUACCUUAUCAAAUAAUCCCGUUGGACAAUGAGUUUGCUCAGAAUAACAUCAUUCCUAGGAGAGGGCGCGUAUUUCUGCGCGAGAGAACGCGAAAUAAGCGCAUCCAGGAGCUACUUGAGGAAAAGCGAAACUUUUUGAGACGGAUGAAAAGAGCACAGGGGCUGUGAACCCUUUGCAGUAUCUCUAAUAGAGAUACUUGGCGCUCUUCCCACACACUCUUUUAAUCACAUGCCAAACUGAUUGUUGUGGAACCAAACCAAUAGCAAAUGUUUGCACAGUUGCUUUGAACCUCAAUGAAGUCCCUUUAGGAGAUUAAGGGUUCCCAUGGUUCAUGGAAAACCUGGAAAUAUCAGGGAAUUUGUGAUUUCCAGGCCUGGAAAAUUGAUGGAAAUUAGUAGAAUCAUAAAAUGUUACAUAAAAAUAGAAAUUUCUUCCUGCCUGGUCUCACAGAGUGAACGUUACUAUAACUACAUGGUUGCAAAAUGAGUUUUACAUGGCUCGUUUUACAUAUCCCAGCAUUUUCCUAGUGAAAUGAACACUAGAACAAGUUUUACACUCUUUUACACAAAUCACGUGUAAAAUUGCAGAUACUCAGUUCAUAAACUCUUACUUUUCACUCUGUUCCUCACACAAUGCUAUCUUAUGAUAUCUAAACACUUUUACUAUAACACAUAACUUAUAAGCCAAAUUAUUUUAUCAUUUCACCUUGGAACUGCUGAGAUGCACGUAAGGAGCCAUGUAUUAUCAUUUUGUAUGCAAUGUCGCCACAGUCACAUAAUUUUUAUAAGGUCUGGCUGAUUUCUAAAAUGAAUCAAAAUUGUUCUAAUUUUGCUCGACUCUUAAACAUAUAAUUGACUAGAAAUUGUUCUUCAUGAGGGCUGUCUCCACAAAAUGUUUAAAAAGCCUUAUCAAUAAAUCACAAUCAACUCUAAAGAUGUGGGAACCCUUGAGGUUUCCCUAAAGGAAUUUCUAAUUCAAAGUGAUUUAUCAGUUUAAAAUCAUAAAAAGAGAGUGAGGUGAAUAAUCUUUUGCACAUAUAUAUGCUUUUCAACAUGCUUUCACCCAAAUAUGCUCAAUGACAGAUACAGACAAAAGGCACAUACUGAUUUUCCUCAAAGUGACAAUAAGGUAGGGCAUUGUGGGUAAAUUAGCAUAAAAAUAUUGUAAUAUUUUAUUUAGUUGUCACCAGUCUGAAAUGAAAAUAUGGCCACUUCAUGUUUCAGCUGCGAAUUUAUUUGAAUAUAACAGUUUUGAUAAUUCUUCACAGGGUAUAAUAUAUGGCACCGUUGGGGAGGGAUGUGGUGGUUUGAUUACGGUACAUUAAUACAGAGGAUAUAUACUGAAAAUAAAUGAGGAUCAGAGGGUGAAUCUGUAACCCCUUAAUUUAAAAGGUCUUUCUCUGAUAUGUGAAAAGAAUGCCACUAAAAUAGCCCAACUGUAGCACAGAGAUGACAAUCAGAGUCUUUUUAGGCAGGCAUGACACAGAGUUAAGAAGAGACCUUUUUUUUUUUUUUUUCAAUCACUGUAAGUUUUCUCCAUAGAUUCUUACCUACAUCAACAUCUCCUCUGUUCUGACUGUAUCUAUGGUAAGAAAACAUUACAAGAUUACUUAAUUGACGAGUCAUUUGACAAGAAAAAAUCAGGGAUGUACCAUACUUGUACAGAUUGUAAUUGUACGCUUGUGAAUUAUAUUUCCUUUCGCCAGUAUGCAACCGUUUGUUGAGGCUUUUGCCAAAACAUGUCAAUAUGAUGUAUAUUGUAACUGUUGAGAUAUUAUGUUAUAAGAAUGAUCUACACCCCCUACCACAUAUUCAAAAAAAUCCACCAUUUCCUUUUGUGAAAAACAGAAAAAAACUUUCAAAAACUGAAAUAAAUGUUCUA